AUGCCCCCCAUGAUGGGGAUGCCGCCAAUGCCCGGCAUGAUGAUGGGAGCACCUCCCGGUCCCGGAGGGACAGAGCCGGCGAAUGGCACCAGCCCGGCACCGGGAAUGCCAGGAAUGCCGCCCGGAAUGCCAGGAAUGCCCGGCAUGAUGCCUGGUGGCAUGAACCCCAUGAUGAACCCGAUGAUGUUCAUGAUGAUGCAGCAGCAAAUGCAGCAGCAGAUGCAGCAACAAAUGCAGAAGAUGCAGAACGUGCGACAGGGACAGCUAGCACAGACCAUGAUGUCGAAUGCGAUGAGCAGCCAGUCAGAGUCCAAGUCGGGGGUCAAGCUCCCAGAUGACGAUGAGACAAUCGAUCCCGAGAUACAGGAGCUUUGCGAUUACUUCAACAUCGAGGACAGAUGGAUCAAGCGGCUGAACGAGACAAUGAGGAAGAGGCAAGACACCAAGGCUGAAGACAUCGAGAAGCUAUAUGAAGUGCUCGAAAGAGCGAGAAGCCCCACCGGCUUACUGACGGUAAAGAUCGGUGAGAUGGAAAGCGGUCGCUUCAUCGGCAAAGAGAACGAGAUUGACCGCAUGCACAAGGAUCUAAACACCAUCGAGCAGCAUCUGAAGUACUGCAAGCGUGCCAGCGCCAUGGCGACCCUGCUUGUUGGGAAGCUGUUGGAGGGAGAGAUUGAAGAGCUGCCGGACUUGUCGGAUGCUGAGAAGGUGAUGGAGAAGUAUCGCCUGGACGAUGAUGCAAAGUCGAAGCUGCGUGAAAUCAUCGAGAAGCGGGCGGAGGACAAGGAUGAGGUCUUGGUGAAAAUCAAGAAGCACCUGGACAACUGCGCCAAUCCAUCGUCGAUGAUUUGCAAGAUCGCGAGGCCGCUGAUUGACAACGAGAACUUGCCAGAUCCGCCCGAUCGUCCGCAAAAGGGCGGCGAAAAGGGCGAGGGAAAGGGCGGUGGCAAGGGCAAGGACAAGGACAAUCGGGACCGGCACCGCAGCCGCAGCCGCGACCGACAUCGGAGCCGUAGCCGACGACGGCGCAGCCGGAGCCGCGGGAGACGCAGCCGAAGCCGUGGCCGGGAGAAGAGCCGCAGCCAAGAGCGCAAGAAGCAGUCAGAAGAUUGA